UACAAUGAUGUGCAUGUGAACUUCACUCAAGAAGAGUGGGCUUUGCUGGAUCCUUCCCAAAGGAAUCUCUACAAAGAUGUGAUGCUAGAGACCUACAGGAACCUCACUGCAAUAGGCUACAAUUGGGAAAGUCAUAAUAUAGAAGAGCACUGUCAAAAUUCUAGAAGACAUACAAGGUAUGAAAACAAUCAAUGUGCAGAUAAACUCCCUGAAGAUACUCAAUAUGAAGUCUUUGCACAUCACAGUAGUCCCCACACAUGUAAAAGUAUGCAUACUGGUGCGGAUCACUAUGAAUGUAGCCUAUAUAGUAAUGCCUUUGCAAAUAAAAGUCAUAUCCUAAGACAUAAAAGGAUACAUAUAGGAGAGAAACCUCAUGAAUGUAACCGAUGUGGUAAAGCCUAUGCAUCUAACAGUGAUCUCCUAAGACAUAAAGGAACUCACACUGGAGAAAAACCUUAUGAAUGUAAUCAAUGUGGUAAAGCCUUUGUACGUAACAGACAUCUAAUACAUAAAAGAACUCACACUGGAGAGAAACCUUAUGAAUGUAUCCAAUGUGGUAAAGCCUUUGCAUAUAACAGUAGACUUUUAGUACAUAAACGAACUCACACUGGAGAAAAACCUUAUGAAUGUAAUCAAUGUGGGAAAGCCUUUGCAUGGAACAGUGAUCUCCAAAAACAUAAAAGAACUCACACUGGAGAGAAACCUUAUGAAUGUAACCAAUGUGGUAAAGCCUUUGCUGAUAACAGUAGUCUCCAAAGACAUAAAAGAACUCACACUGGAGAGAAACCUUAUGAAUGUAACCAAUGUGGUAAAGCCUUUGCAUCUAACAGUAAUCUACGAGUACAUAAAAGAAUUCACACCGGAGAGAAACCUUAUGAAUGUAACCAAUGUGGUAAAGCCUUUGUACGUAACAGUCAUCUCCUAGUACAUAAAAGAACUCACACUGGAGAAAAACCUCAUGAAUGUAACCGAUGUCGUAAAGCCUAUGCAUCUAACAGUGAUCUCCUAAGACAUAAAGGAACUCACACUGGAGAAAAACCUUAUGAAUGUAAUCAAUGUGGUAAAGACUUUUCAUGGAACAGUGAUCUCCAAAAACAUAAAAGAACUCACACUGGAGAGAAACCUUAUGAAUGUAACCAAUGUGCUAAAGCCUUUGCAGAUAACAGUAGUCUCCAAAGACAUAAAAGAACUCACACUGGAGAGAAACCUUAUGAAUGUAACCAAUGUGGUAAAGCCUUUGCAUCUAACAGUAAUCUACGAGUACAUAAAAUAAUUCACACUGGAAAGAAACCUUAUGAAUGUAACCAAUGUGGUAAAGCCUUUGCACAGAACAGUAAUCUCCUAGUGCAUAAAAGAACACACACUGGAGAAAAACGUCAUGAAUGUAACCGAUGUGGUAAAGCCUAUGCAUCUAACAGUGAUCUCCUAAGACAUAAAGGAACUCACACUGGAGAAAAACCUUAUGAAUGUAAUCAAUGUGGUAAAGACUUUGCAUAUAACAGUAAGCUUUUAGUACAUAAACGAACUCACACUGGAGAAAAACCUUAUGAAUGUAAUCAAUGUGGGAAAGCCUUUGCAUGGAACAGUGAUCUCCAAAAACAUAAAAGAAUUCACACCGGAGAGAAACCUUAUGAAUGUAACCAAUGUGGUAAAGCCUUUGCACAGAACAGUAAUCUCCUAGUACAUAAAAGAACUCACACUGGAGAAAAACCUCAUGAAUGUAACCAAUGUGGUAAAACCUUUUCACAGAACAGUCAAUUCCUAAUACAUAAAAGAACGCACACUGGAGAGAAACCUUAUGAAUGUAACCAAUGUGGUAAAACCUUCAUAGAUAACAGUGUUCUCCGAAGACAUGAAAGAAUUCAUGAUGAAGAA